UCAAUUGACUUUUACUCGGUCUCAUUGAGUGUUACAAACUUGUCUACGCAGUUUGGGAAAGAUACGACCGACAUUACUCGCGCGAUUACCUUGACUUUACUACUUCGCCCCGUUGGUGCUAUACUCUUUGGUAUGAUCUCAGACCGAUACGGCCGAAAGUACCCUCUGGCUCUCAAUCUUCUCUUCAUAUCUUGCCUUGAGCUCGGCGCUGGCUUUGUCCAGACAUAUUCUGAGUUCCUUGCCCUAAGAAGUCUCUUCGGUAUUGCCAUGGGCGGCAUAUGGGGAUUGGCAGCAAGUACAGGCCUUGAAAAUCUUCCUGUUGAGACACGUGGAUUGGCUAGUGGUAUUCUA